AAAUGUUCAAUUCUUUCCAAGCUGGCACUCAACAAGGCAGGGCUACUGCUUCAACUCAAGGAAACUUCCAAGUCGCUGAUUUGCAACAAUAUCUUCAAGAGAAACGUGUCGAAGAUUUGUUUGUUAGCUUGAUGCAAGCAAUAUGUCUGGAACGUCCUGCAAAUGUUGUUACCUUCCUCCAACAAAAGUUACAACAAAUUGAAGGAUUUGCUUCCGGUGGUAGUGUUAUACAACAACAACCAACUUUAAUACAACCACAAUCACAACAACAACCAAUUCAACAAACACAACAACCAAAACAAACUGCUAAAUCUCCUACUACACAACCUCCUCAAGCUAAGUCUUCAAUUUCUUUUGAAAAUACUACAGCACAAAUUCCACCAGCUAAAAAUCCAUCUCCAUUCAGUUGGGCUAGUGGUAGUACUGCUUUGGAAGAAUCUCGUCCAGUUGAAAAACCAACACCAAAGGAAAGUUCUCAAGGUGUCCGAUUCCAAACAUCAUCAUCAGAACCUGAAGGAAUUGAUUGGAACGAAAGCGAAAAUCGUAGAAGAAGAUAUUCAAUUUCCGUACCAAGAAGAAGAGGUGUUAGUAGUGAAUCUUUAAGUGAUUCUAAACCACUCACUGCUGAAGAUUUACCUGUGCACAAAAAGACUCCAGAUGAAAUUCAAAAGCUUAAAGAAGCCCUUUCAUCAAAUGCUCUUUUCAUGUCUUUGGAAACUGAAGAUUUAAAGGUUAUUCUCGAUGCCAUGUUUGAAGUUUCUGCAAAACAAGGUGAUAAUAUUAUUCGUCAAGGUGAUGAACAAGGUGAUUUAUUCUAUGUUCUUUACAGUGGUGAAUGUGAAGCAAUCAAAAAGACUGGCAAUGAAGAAAAAGUUGUUAAGGAAUAUCAAGCAGGUGAUGCAUUUGGUGAAUUAGCUCUUAUUUAUGGUACACCAAGAGCUGCUACUGUUCGUGCCAAGUCUGAUUGUAAACUCUAUGCUAUUAAUCGUAUUACAUUCCGUCGUAUUGUUAUGAUGAAUACCAAACGUAAACGUGAAAUGUAUGAAGACUUUUUGAAACGUGUUCCGCUUUUGGAGACUUUGACUGACUAUGAAAGAAUGACUGUUGCUGAUGCUCUAGUUCAAGAAACCUAUAAUCCAGAAUCUGAUAAGGGACGUUAUAUUAUUAAGCAAGGUGAUCGAGGUGAUGCUUUCUAUAUUGUUAUUGAAGGUGAAGUUGCUGUCAAGAAGAGACUCAAUCCUUCUGAUGAGUCAUCUGAAGAAAUUGAAUUGACAAGACUUAGCGUUGGUGAUUACUUUGGUGAAAUUGCCUUAUUAACUGAUCAACCUCGUCAAGCUAGUGUUGUCAUUCCAGAUGAUGUUGAAGAAACUGUUAAAUUUGUCAAGCUUAAUAGAAAAGAUUUCAAGAAUCUUCUCGGACCUUGUGAAGAGAUCUUGAAGAGAAAUAUGAGACUUUACAAUCAAUAUGUUACUGCUUCUCAAAUAUAAGAAUAUUCUUUGGAUAACAAUUUUUAACUACAUUCUAACUGCUCAACAAAACACAUGUAAACUUAAUGUAAAAAAUAGCUAAGUAAACAACUAAAAACAUCUC